AAUAACAACAAAACGUUUGUUCAGUUAAUUUGUUUUCAAAAAAACAAAACAAAUCAUUCAAAAAGUCAUUUACCGCUCAUUGACUUCAGUGACCAAACAACCAAACAAACAGACAAUUAGUUAUUAUUAUCACCUAAUAAUCACAUCCCAAGACUAUAUCCGAUUGACUGACUGUAUCGGUGUUGCUGUUGUUGUUGUGGCCAACCGUUUGUUGUUUUGCCCGAUCAGAGACCGCGGACACAGAAAAGCGCGCCUCAAAUGUCAAUACCGGACGAUUCGUGGCGCCCGAAGUCAGCGAUACUCGAGACCAGUAUGGGUGAAGUAGUUAUCGAGUUAUACUGGUCUGAGUCGCCCAAGACUUGCAAGAAUUUUGCCGAACUUUGCCGAAGAGGUUAUUAUAAUAAUACAAAAUUUCAUCGAAUUAUCAAAGGAUUUAUGAUUCAAGGCGGCGAUCCGACGGGCACUGGACGCGGCGGUGCCUCAAUCUACGGACCGAAAUUCGACGACGAAAUACAUCCAUCGCUCAAACAUACCGGUGCCGGUAUCAUUAGUAUGGCCAACUCGGGUCCCAAUACCAAUGGCAGUCAAUUUUUCAUAACCCUAGCGCCCACUCAGCACUUGGACGGUAAACAUGCCAUCUUUGGUCGCGUAUCUAAUGGUAUGUCAGUUGUGGAGAAAAUGGGACGAAUAAAGACUGACAAAACUGAUAGACCUGUCGAUGAGGUGAAGAUCUUGAAGGCAUCGGUCAGGGAUUAGGUUAUAGAUUGGUUUGUCUGAACAAACCAAACCUACCAUUUGAAAUGAUAACAACAUUUUAUUUUUAUUACUAUUUUUAUUUUAUUACAAUACAAUUAUUAUAA